AUGACCCAAAAAUUCCUCAAAUGCCGCACUUCCCGUUCCUAUCCCCCCCGCAUCCGCAUCGUCAGCUGCGCGUNAUCGAGGACUCGAAGAAGGCGCCCAACCCCGACGAAGCCCUUGCCGCCCGACGUGGACCAGUUUGCGAACCUUGCCGAAGCCGUGAUCCAGAAGCAAAGCCCGGCGGUGCCGUGCCCCCACUGCCCGGGAGACGUGGCCAAGCCUCCCUCCGUACUGUGGCAGUCCGUCUUCCGCGCCUAUCCGAGCCUGCCGCCGGCCGAGUCGAAAGAGGCCUGGGAGAGUCAUCACCACAGCUUGUGCCCAGGCCAACUGGGAGAAAACCAGGGCAAGCACUUUGCCCUGCUCAACCUGCUCAUCAUGUACCGGGAGGUGGGCUACCACACCGUCGCGAUGAUGCUGCGCAUUCUGGCCCAGAAGGCGAAGCAUCAGCAGGAAGCCAAGCCUGACGCCGUAUUUCCCUUUGAUUUCUUCACGACCGACUCCGAGGAGGUUCCGUUGCCGCCGCAGCGCGUUUACAACGCUGAAGCCGGCCAGUUCACUGAGCCCACCGCCGCGGACCUCGAGCACCAGCACAACAUGCAGCGCCAGAUCUGCGACCUCAUGCAAAACCUCUUUCCCGACCUGACCUGGAGCGCCUAUCAGCGCCUCCAGGCUCGCAUAGCUAUGAACGCGCAACAGUGUGCGGUGCCCAGCGUGCCUAGGGAGAUUGCUACUUUUCUCGCUCGUUGCUUCCCCACCGAGGAUCUGGGUUUCGAUCUCAAGACAGGCACAGGGGGUGGCCAUGUACGCGGUGGCGUGCUCCGUCAACCACUCUUGCGUGCCCAACGCGUACCAUGCCGAGAGCGAGAUCGACAACUCGAUCACCCUCAGGUAAGUGGACACCCACAGCCAACUGAGUGUUCUCUGGGCAAUUAA